GCAGACUGCUGGAUAUCUGCUGGAAACCACAGCUUCAGCUCCACCACAUAGUCCUCCCCCAGCAUUGGUUGACAGAAGAGGAAGAUAUCUGCAACCAGCAGAGGAACUUCAGAGUGGAACAGAAUGAUCCAGAACCUACACAGACAAAAGAUAGACUGGAGGAACUAGAACUUCUACAGAUUAAAGAUGAACAGGAGGAACUAGAACUUCCACAGAUUAAAGAGGAGCAGGAGAAAGUAGAACCUCAACAGGCUGAAAAGGAACAGAGGGAACCAGAUCCUCUACGGAUUGAAGAGGGGCAAGAGUAUCCAGAAUCCCCAGAGAUUGGAGAGGAGCAGGAGGAACUAGAAACUAUACAGAUUACGGAGAGUUAUAUCUUGAUGGAGUAUCCUGCUUGUGAAGAAAAUAAGAACACUGAAGUAAAUCGAAACAAUCAGCAGAACUUUAAUGUAACUGAGAGUCAGGAUAAAACAGAAUUUCUGCAGAUUAAAAAGAAGCUGGGAGAUACAGAAACUCCUCAGAUUAAAGAACAUGAGAAACCAGAACCUCCAUGGGUUAAAGAGGAGCAAGAACACAUCUACAUCAGUCAGGAUGAAGAGCAGCUUGAUCUAAAGCAGGAGAUUGAUACAUUGAGGGAGAUUCCUUCUUAUGAGGAAAAUGAUCACAGUGAGGCAGAUCUAAACAAACUGAAGAGCUUCAGUGUAACUGAGAGUCAGGAUAAUGAAGUAAACCAACAUGAAGAAUCAACAUCAACUUCAGAUGACGAGACAGAGCCACAGAACAGAGAUCAGAGGAAGAAAAGAGAUAGAAGUCAUGUCCAAAGUGUGGCCAGCUCUCACAUGUCAGAAAGUCAGAGUGACUCUGAUGCUCGGUAUAAAAAGUUCAAGAAAGUAAUUUUGGUUAAAAAAUGUGAACCACAUCCAAAAGUAAAGAGAGUUUCCCAUUUAAAGUCUAGUAAAGGAACAAGAACUGCUCAUAAUAUGUCUUCCCACAUGAAAACAAAGUCUGAUGAAGGACUUUAUGUCUGUGAAGAAUGUGGUAAAAGUUUUGGUUCCUGGUUCAAAUUCAGAACUCAUAUGAGGAUUUACAAAGGAAAGAAGCCUUUUUUAUGUAAAGAAUGCGACAAAAAUUUUAGCGAUGGAUCUAGUUUCAAAAGACACAUGUCAACUUACAGAAGAGAAAAGACCUUUUCUUGUAAAGAAUGUGAUAAAUGUUUUAGCCUUUUGUCUUAUCUCAAAACACACAUGAGAACUCACAAGGGACCACAUUGUGGUAAAGAAUGUGAUAGAAGUACUAAUCAAACAUCUUGCCUUAAGGCACACAUGAAAACUAAUUUUGGAGAGAAGUCUUUUACGUGUAAAGAAUGUGAUAGAGGGUUUAGUCAAAUAUCUCAUCUCAAAAGACACAUGAGAACUCACACAGGAGAGAAGCCUUUUACAUGUAAAGAAUGUGGCAAAGGUUUUAGUCAAAUGUAUAAUCUCAAAACACACAUGAGAAUUCAUACAGGAGAGAAGCCUUUUACGUGUAAAGAAUGUGAUAGAAGUUUUAGUCGGACAUCUAGUCGCAAAACACACAUGAAGAUUCAUACAGGAGAGAAGCCUUUUACGUGUAAAGAAUGUGACAGAAGUUUUAGUCAAAUAUCUAAUCUCAAAACACACAUGAAGAUUCAUACAGGAGAGAAGCCUUUUACGUGUAAAGAAUGUGACAGAAGUUUUAGUCAAAUAUCUAAUCUCCAAAGACACGUGAGAACUCAUACAGGAGAGAAGCCUUUUUCUACACAAAAAUAUUCAUUAAUAAUGUCAAAAUUUGAGUCAAAGCAAAAUAAAGGAAAGCUCACAGCCAAGGCAUCAUAAGAGAAAACAAAAAUAGUUUAAAUUGGAAAAUUUAAAUAUUUUCAAAAGUUAUUUCUUUUCAUUUUUUACUGAAAAGAGGCUGGAAUUUUGCACAGAAUUAGUACACCAAGAUAAUAAAUUCUUAACCCAUUCUUUGGUAGUUUUAUUUAACAAGUAAUAAAAAACCACUCAAGUUUUCCCUGUUUAGACAUUUUUAAUUUAAAUAGUGAAUACAUAUAAUAUUCAAAACUCCCGAGGGCCCACACUAAUCUACUAAAUAACUCCAAACACUUGCCAAGGCUUCAGUGAGCCUUAAAAAGCCCUAUAUCAUUCGAAAUCCACUUUUUAGAGGUUUUAAGUGUAUUGUGUUAUUUCCUCACAAGAAAAAAGAAAACCACUAGCAAAGCUGUCUUUUGCUCGAUUCAUCUCCGAGCAACGCUCUCCUACCCUGCUCUCUGAGCUCCAGCCCCAAUCCAUGAAAUCGACUGAGUCCUCACAUUCAUAUGUAUGAACAUGGGGGAACAGCCCCUUCCAGGAAGUGUGUACGCUGCCAGCACUGCCCUUAGGCUACACUCCUUCAAAACACUAGUAUCGACUCUGAAAAGCAGUGGUUCCUCUUGCACCUAAUCUCUAAUCACCUUUGGAAACAAAAGUUACAUACAAGCGUUUUCAGUUGUUUGAGUUUUUGUAACAAACUGGAGAAACAUUCUAAUUAACAUGUGAAUCAAAAUUUUUUAAAUAUGAUGGUAAAUUUGAUUAAAAAAGAUGUAAGUGUCGGUACUUUUGUAAUAUUGUUGAGGUAAUCUUUGUGGUUGUAGUUUAUGCUGAGACAAUGCUGUCUAAGUCUGAGUUACCAUGACAAUAGGAAUAUUUUAAUUCUCUAAUUCUUUUUUACACUUUAUGUGAUUCGCUACAAUGUUGUCUAAAAAAAAAAAAUUUGCAGUUUAUAUUUUGUUGAGUCGUGUUAGCAAAUAACAGUUUUGCGAAGGAAAGGUUUAGUAAAAAUGUAUUACUUAAGAGAUGGAUAAAGAAACAUUCUGGUGUUUGUGUUGUUGUGAUUCCUGUUUUCUAGUAGAGAUUAGAAGUGUUUCUCUGUUAUUUUUAGUUGUCAGUGUUCUGUCUUAAUCUUUCCUGUGAAGAAUAAAGUGGACGUGAACAUCA